AUUGGUACUGAGGACUCUGAAGCAGGGAGGUCAAGGUCACUGGAAGGGGUUACUACUGGGCAGCAGCUGCAGCAGUGCCAGCCUGGGGAAGCAUUGGCGGAGUGGAGGUCUUCUGGGCAGCUGGAAAAUGGGACCCCAUCAACCUCGCCACCUUACUGGGAUAGCAGCGACGAUGAUGGUGGUAUGCCAUUUGUCCCCUUCAGGACUGAAACCUUCUGAAUUAUAUGGAAAGUAUACCUGGAAAAUUGAUAAGUUUUCACAGAUUAACAAAAGAGAACUUCGGAGUAAGGCGUUUGAGGUUGGUGGCUACAAAUGGUACGACACUCACGAGUAUUUGUUUCUUUUGUGGCCUGCAUAUGUAGUUGGAUAAUAACAUGGAUUCCUCUUCUUUAGCACUUGCAGAUAUACUUCCUGGAUAUGCAUUGUCUUGAGUAUUUUCUAAAUCUGAUUUUUCUUUUUAUUGUUUAACCCUGAGUGGUGAUUCUUUUUUCAUUUUUAUCUCUCUUUUGGUUUACCUUUGAAGUUUUACCACUUUAUACUGUAGAAUAUAUUUCUAGUUGGUUUAAGGAUGAAGAUGGUAGCGCUGCUGUAUACUUCAUGGUAACAUAGAAAUAUGGAAAGGGCCUUCCAGAAACGCUUGAUUUUGAUUCCUUGUUUUGCAUUGAAAUGACGACUAUAAGACAAUGCUUCUGUAUGAUGUUUAUAUGUAUAUUUUGAUUUACCCACAAGGCUGCGAUGUCUGCAAUCAUCUCUCUCUGUUUCUUUGCGUGGCUAAUCAUGACAAGCUUCUUCCAGGUUGGAGCCAUUUUGCUCAGUUCGCUAUUGCUGUGGUGAAUAAAGAUCCUAAAAAAUCCAAGUAUUCUGACACCUUACAUCGUUUUUGCAAGAAGGAGCACGACUGGGGAUGGAAAAAAUUUAUGGAGCUAUCUAAAGUGUUAGGCGGAUUUAUAGAUGCGGAUACUUUGAUUAUUAAAGCUCAAGUUCAAGUUAUCAGGGAGAAAGCAGACCGUCCAUUCCGUUGCCUGGACUGUCAAUAUAGGAGGGAACUUGUUCGGGUGUACUUGACAAAUGUAGAACAAAUUUGCCGUUGUUUUGUAGAAGAAUGGCGGGGCAAGCUGGGAAUGUUGAUAGAGGACAAAGCUAGAUCGUCAAGCUUCUGUACCUUCUGGCUGAGUGUGGACCAAGGUUCCAGGCGCCACAUGUGUCGAGAGAGAAUGGACUCAAUACUCAAAAUAAUCGUGAAGAAUUUUUUCAUUGAAAAGGAAGUCACAUCUACUCUAGUCAUGGAUUCAUUGUAUAGUGGACUGAAGGUUCUUGAAGGCCAGACCAAUGGGAAGCAAGAAAACAGGAAAUAUCUAGAGGCCGAAGAAUUACCAGUUCCCAUUGUUGGCAUCGAUAAAGAUAUGUUUGUCUUGGUGCAUGACGUUUUACAACUUCUUGAGAGGGCUGCCAUAGAAACUUUGCCUCCAAAGGAUGAGAAGGGUCCUCAAAAUCGUACAAAGGAUGGGAGUGCAGGAGAAGAGUUCAACAAAGAUUCUAUUGAAUGUGACGAGAGGCGACUGACUGAACUUGGUUGUCGGACUAUUGAGAUCUUUGUCUUGGCUCAUAUUUUCAGUAAAAUUGAUUUUGCCUACCAGGAGGCUGUUGCUUUAAAGAGGCAAGAAGAGCUCAUUCUUGAGGAGGCCGCUUGGCUUGCUGAGGGUGAGCAGAAAGUAAAACGUGGAGCAGCUGAUAAGGCAAAGAAGUCAAAUAAAAAACAGGCCAAACAAAAACAGAAUAACAUCAAAAUGAAAGGCAAGGUAAGGGAUGAUAAGUUUGGCAAUAUUCUGCAGGACAAAAUUGAGCAAGAGAGUUCCAUGGAUAAAAAAGAAGAAUGCUUGACCACAGAGUUAGAAAUAGCACUCGAAAUACCUGAUUUUACGGAAUGUGUUUCUGAUGUGUCUGAUUCAGUGGUUCGCGUUCCAAAAAUGCUUCUUCCUGAUUCAGAAGAGAGGGACUCAAGUUCGGUCAACUUGGAUACUGAUUCUUCUGAAGUGCUUCCUCCCGCAGAAGCCAACAACAGUGGAAUUAUUGUUGUUCAAAAUGGAAGACAAGGAACAAGUUCAUGUGUAGUGGAUGAUAGUUCAUCCACAUGUUCCAGUGACUCGAUCCCUUUGUCAAUAAAUGUGCCUCACAGAGGCAAUUCUCCUACCUGUAAAAACCAAAAAUCAUAUAGCAGAGGGAGGAAACCUCGAGACAAAGUGACUUCUGACAGAGCAGAUUGGGUCAAUAAAAUACUUAGUCGGCCAUCUGAAGCUGGGACAGACAUGGGGCAAUCAAAUGAUGCAUUUCGAAGUUUCAAGGCUGAAUCCCUGGCUCGGACUGCUGUUCAAUCCUUGCAGAAUAUGACAAGCCAGGUCGAGCAGCAUGUGGGGAAGAAGGAGGAAAAAUAUAUUUCGGUGCAGAAAAAAUUCAGUGCCAAAUAUGGGGCUAAUGUUGAAGUAUCCUCCAUGGAAAAAACAGUAGGCUUAAUGUCUUCACCUCCCAGGAACCCUUCCAAAAACGUUCCUUCUACUGCUCCACCAAAUUCGGAGUCAAAGGCCAAUGUGAAACCUUUUCUGGACAACCCUAAACAACCUGAUAGAUCCAUGCAAUUGAUAAAUUCAGCUGAAAAAGUUGCCAAGUUGGAACCCGAUGCUCAGAAAGCUGCGACUCCAAAACCUGUUGAAAAGCCAUCUCAGCAGCAACCUUACACAACUGAAAAGCCUUCAAAUACCUCAACAGUGCAAAUGCCUCCUGCUAAGUCCAGACCCUUGAGUGCUCCUCUAAUUCUGGGGCCCAGACCCACAACUUCCAUUGCGUCCAUGGUCCAAACAGCACCUCUAUUAGCACGUUCAGUUAGUGCUGCUGGUCGGUUGGGUCCUGAACCUACAUCCGCAACCCAAAUAUAUGUUCCACAGUCUUAUCGAAAUGUAAUGAUGGGUAGCUCUGUCCCAGGAAGGUCACUUUCUUAUGCUCAACAUCACUCUCCAAAAGCAGCAGCUUAUUCAUUCUCCCAGGCGCCUGCUCUUGUAUCUACACCCUUUUCUUCAACACAGAGCUCUGAUAGUAUAGAAUCAGAGUCGAUUAAACCAAGUAUAUCAUCUGGAAUGGCAAAUCAUUAUGCUUUGCAGAAUGGAGGACCUAUAUGUAUGGAGUCUCCUCUAGGGGAUAAUGGCGGGAACGUGGUUGGUGAUCAUUCUUCGCUGCAUAAUGACAUGCAAAGCUGUGAUUUAUACAGACCUGUAGAGUGCAAUAGAACGCAAGAUGACUUUCCAUCUUCGCGUCAAAGCCAUGGUGUAGCGGCAGAUGAAUUCCCACACAUGGGCAUCAUAAAUGAAUUGCUUGAUGAUGAGCAUGGGUUUUGGAUUUUGGGGUUCCAAAGUUUGGGCAACAGGCCUUGCCAUCUAAACUGGCAGUUCAGUUCCCCAGACGAGAUUGGCAUGCCAAGUAGUUUGGGCCCCUCAAGGAGGAACUCGUGUAGGUUUGAACGAACACAAAGUUAUCACAGUGAUGUAUUUCCACAUGGUUACGGUGGUGCUUUCCCAAGUUCUUUUGAUAUGCCUAGGAACGUGAUUUCUCCUGUCAGUCCACAACGUUAUUUAAAUGGCCAGAUUGAUGGAUUAUUCCCUACCCCGUCGCAAAUUGAUGGUUCUGAUCUUUCUGUCCUUAGCAUCGGAAACAAAGAUAGCAAUGGUUAUCCCUAUACCAUGCCACCAGAGUAUCCAAACCUUGCAUUUGACAUCAAUAGGUAUACAUUAUUCUGGCCUUGAAUGGACUUUGAUGGUUUUCAUUGACGACAGAGUGUGGGACUUAUUUGGAGUGAGGUUGUAACGCUUAGCGCACUAGAGGAUAGUCAAGUCAUAGGUUUGAACUUUGAAGUUUUAGCUCUUUUGGUAAAAAAAACAUUUUGUAAAGUGCGAUUCUUCUUUUCUUUGUUCCAUUGCUAGUUUAAAGAAAUAUGAAGCUAAAAGUUAAAUCUAUUUUCCUUAUUUUUGGGGUUUAGCAUAUCAGCUCUGAUGUUGCCACACU